CAACAACAACAAGACGUCGGCCGUCCUUUGCUCUGUCGUCCCCAGCACCACCACCACCAGGGCAGCAGGGGCGCAGCAAACCACGCACCAGAGGGCCGGCCACCAGUAUAAAGCCGGCACCACCUGUCCGUGCAUCGCCGCACAGCAGAGCAGCACACCACCACCCAACUCCACUGAACAACACGACCAUUCUUCAUUUUCCAGGAAGCUCUAGAGCGCAGGUGCAGAGUGCUGUGCAGACACCAUGGCGCGGCGGUCUCUGGCCCUUCUGCUCGCGUCGUCGCUGGCCCUCGUGAUGAUGGCGGCCGUCGCGUCGGCGGACUCGUGGCUCUACGAGAAGUUCAGCACGGACGGCACCGUCCGCACCAACUACGACGAGUCCGGCGCGCAGGUGGCGAUGCUCAACCUCGACCGCAGCUCCGGCGCCGGCUUCAACUCCAAGGAGCAGUACCUCUACGGCCAGUUCAGCGUCCAGAUGAAGCUCAUCCCCGGCAACUCCGCCGGCACCGUCUCCUGCUUCUACCUUUCUUCUGGCGACGGCGACGGGCAUGACGAGAUCGACAUGGAGUUCAUGGGCAACGCCACGGGGCAGCCGGUGGUGCUCAACACAAACGUGUGGGCCAACGGCGACGGCAAGAAGGAGCACCAGUUCGACCUGUGGUUCGACCCGGCCGCCGACUACCACACCUACACCAUCAUCUGGAACCCGACCAACAUCCUCUUCAAGGUGGACGACAACGUGAUCCGCGUCUUCAAGCGCUACGCCGACCUGGCCUACCCGAGCUCCAAGCCCAUGACGCUGCACGCCACGCUGUGGGACGGCAGCUACUGGGCCACCGAGAAGGGCAAGGUGCCCAUCGACUGGUCCGGCGCGCCCUUCGUCGUCUCCUACAAAGGCUACUCCGCCGACGCCUGCGUCAGCGGCGGCGCCUGCGCCGCCGGCAGCGGCGCGUGGAUGAACAAGCAGCCUGACAGCGCCGAGUGGGGCACCGUCAAGUGGGCCGAGAGCAACUACAUGCGCUACAACUACUGCGACGACGGCUGGAGGUUCCCGCAGGGGCUGCCGGCGGAGUGCAGCCGCAGCUGAUUCAAUUCGAUCGUUCGCCGGCGUCUCCCAUCCUUUCAGACUCAGUUCAGGCGUCCAUUAUUGCCAAAGUUCUUGAUUUAUUUUUGCUGGAUAUAUAUAUAUAUCUAUGAUUCUUGUUCUGUUGUUGUGAAUUUUUGUCAUUGAAAAGCAGCCCCGCAGCAACGCGAGGGCGGGAAUAUAUUACUGUAGUUUUGCUUGUGUAAAGAAAAGAAGCUUUGUUUCUACUUUUUGGAUAAAGGAAUAAAAUACUUGUGACAUGCAUAUAUAAA